AUGCUAUCUAGAUUGUGUGCAUAGAAAUUUACUACUUAAAUCCAUGGAGUUCCGAUUAAAUUGUUGGAAGCAAUGAAAUUUGACAUACCAAAAGUGUCAGAGGAACGAUACAAAAAUAUAAGAACUCUUACAUGUUAUCUAUAGGAUCGAUUGCAUGACAGUUAAUUGAUGGACUUCGUGAGGGAUGUCUAGUUGAUAAAGGAGAAGGAGUAUACUAACACUUUACAAUUGAAAUCUAGUAUUUUCAGACUUUUUAAUUAGUACCAAGUUCUAGAUCUCGUACCAUUGGCCUUGAGAAUCGAUCUGUAAGAAUUGCAGCCGGAGCAUUUUUAUGAUGAUUUUGACAGAAUAGAAACAGAGAUAAAAAGUGAAUAUACUUGUUUUGUUCAGAAUCGAGCAAGUCUAUUUUAGCCAUAGAAUAAAAGUCUAACUGAUUUCAUUUAAUAUAAACGUAAACAUCAUAAAUUGAAAAUUGAACAAGACGAGAAAGCUCCUGCUUUUUCGUAAAUAAUUGAUGAUAGUUUGAUUAACACUUUAUUACCAAGAUAGGAGGAGACCGAGUCAUACAAUACAAGUAGUACAGAUGUCGUUAGGAAUCAAUUGGUAUUAGCCAGGAAUUCUAGACUGAUGAACAAACAUAUAAAAUAGAAGGAUGAGAGUGAACUCAGAACCCCAUUACAAUUGAAAUAGAUCGACAGUGAUGGGGAAAUCAAGGAAACCAACGAGGUCUGCUUAUACAACUUACCCUACAUAUUGGAAGAGAAAUUUAAAGAGGAUUGCAGAGAGUACUUUGAGUCAAGAUUCGGUGAGAUAGAGUCCAUUGAAUACUUCGAGUAUUGCAAUUUCAAGAAGCAAAUUGAUUAGAUAGCAACAAACAAGACUGAUGAGAACAAGGACUUCUAUAAGAGUUUGGAUUAAUUGAGUUCAACAAAGAAAUUAUUGGAUAGAGUAAAAGUGAAUAAGAAUAAGAAAUUGUAUAAAUCUUAUGCUGUGAUCAACUUCAAAAACAAGGAAUCUAAGUAGAAUGCUCUGUAUCAGGACUUGAGGAUAUUUGGCAUAAAAUUCAAGGACUUACAACUAAGGAUUGAUGAUGCUGAUCACAAGAAACUACUCUACAUCAACAAUUUAUCAAAGUUUUCAAAUGUGAAAUAUUUGGUUGAGUACUUGAACAUGCAUUUAGGCAUCCAAUUUGAGCCUCUUGAUGAAAGAAUACAAUUGUAGAAUAAUAUAGUAUGUUUGAUUUUGAAGGACUUUGAAGAAACGAAGGAGGCGUUUAAUAAGUUGAACAAUUUGACAUUUUCAAGAUUCAAAAUGAACGCAUUUCAUUAUCCUGAUGGUUUGAAGUAUGUGGGUAGUAGGAUUGCUGAACACUUUAAUAGUAAUAUAGCCCUUUUGCUUUUGGAGCAGAAUCUGUAAAAGUUGAGAUUCGAGAUGGAUCAAUAUUGGAAGGAAGUGCAAUUCGAGAAGUAAGAUCGAGAGAUAGUUACUAAAGAGCCUCAUUAACCUGUCAGAUAGGAGAUUCAUUCGACUGAUAUGCAAUAAUGCAUAAUGGAAAUGAUUGAAGAGUCUUAUCAAGAGGAGGAAUUUCAAUUAGAGCUCUUUGGUUUGGUUUGGGAUGAAGAAGCUCAAUACUGA